CAACAAACACUAACAAGCUCGCUGUGCUGAAGGUUGUUUUCAUAUUGGACAUCGUGAGAAAGUGUCUUGAGAAAGAGUCCAAUUUUUCCGCCGGUUUCAUCAAGCACUCCAGCAGAGAGACGUCCUCAGGAAACACAGUGAUUCGUGUGUGCGGCGUGUGUUUGCACACGCGGUAUUACGGUGUGUCUGGUAGUGAAAGAAGAGAAAAAAAAGCGGGGAAAUAGAGGAAAACAUCGUCUCCCCUGACCUUGACCCUUUUAGUGUGAACAUGGAAGGCUCUGACGGUUCUCCACCCCAUUCAAUGUGGAUGGUGCGCGUAGGAGAGCUUUAUCCGAAGCCGACACUUGAGAAGGAGGAGGAGAAAUUGGCGAUUCCCUUCACAGAAUUGGCUGGUGAAGGAGUGAAAUACAUUGGACGUACUUCGGAUGGCGUAUUGGCGCUAUCAAACUAUAGGAUUUUCCUAUUAAAAUCAUCGAGUAGCAGUUUUCAGGAGACAUCAGUGCCACUUGGACUGAUAGAAUCGGCUCAAGCGAGGGAAUUAUUUCAUUUGGUGAUACAUUGCAAAGACGCCAGCACAGUAAAAUGCUCUUUCGAUACCGCCGAGCAGUGCUCUGAGUGGCAGCGACGCAUUUCUCUAUCAGUUGGCGUCCCAGAUAAUCUUGAGUCACUAUUUGCAUUUCCGUUCUAUGCGUGGGCGUCAGAAUCACCUUGUUCUGCAGAUAAUGAAUGGACUGGUCGACUCCAAAAGGCCGGAAACUGUGACGAUGACUUCCGCAAAGAGGUUGAUCGAUUGCAGUUUGAUUUACAAGGCGCUUGGCGAAUAAGCAACGUAAAUGCCGACUUCAAAUUGUGUCCGUCGUAUCCAAGAUACUUUCUCGUACCAUUUUGCAUUUCUGACGAGACACUCCAAAGUGUGGCAAACUUCCGCAGCUCCAGACGGAUUCCUGUGGCUGUGUGGCGACACAAGACAUCGGGGGCCAUUAUAUCGAGAUGCAGUCAACCAGAAGUGGGCUGGCUGGGCUGGCGCAACUCCAAGGAUGAGCAGCUGUUGAAGGCUUUUGUUGAUGCGUGCGCGUUCGAUCGCGGAGAGCAGCAGAGGAAGAAUGGAACGACGGCCCCCGGCAGCGUGUCGUCCGAGAGUGCUCCAUCGAGCCCAGAAGGAAGUCACGAGGAGGUGCGAAUGGAUGAACCAAAGAAGAUUCUCAUUGUCGACGCUCGAUCUUAUACGUCGGCCGUGACUAAUCGAGCUCGUGGCGGUGGCUGCGAGUGUAUCGAAUAUUAUCCCUCCGCGGAGAUUCAGUUUAUGAAUUUGGGUAAUAUUCAUGCCAUUCGCAAGAGUUUUCAUGCCCUGCGACAAUUGUGCGCAUCGCCACCGGAUAUGAACAAUUGGUUAGGAAAUCUAGAGAGGACGGCUUGGCUGCAGCACAUGUCAGGACUUCUGGCAGCAUCUAUGACUGUAUGCCGUACGAUUGAAGUAAAUGGGCGACCUGUUUUAGUUCACUGCUCAGAUGGAUGGGAUCGAACACCUCAGAUUGUUGCUACAGCCCAACUUUGCCUCGAUCCUUACUACCGGACAGUUGAUGGAUUCCGCACUCUCGUGGAGCGCGAGUGGUUGAGCUUUGGACACAAGUUUGCAGAUCGAUGUGGCCAUGGUCCCAAUUCUGAGGAUUUAAAUGAGCGCUGUCCCGUCUUUCUGCAAUGGCUAGACUGUAUUCAUCAGAUUCAUCGUCAGUUUCCGUGUAGUUUCGAAUUCAGUAUGGGAUAUUUAAUAAAAUUGGCACAACAUUCUCACUCGUGCCUCUUCGGUACAUUUCUCUGUAAUACAGUGAAGGAGCGUUUGGAUACUUCGGUAUUUGAGCACACAUUUUCUGUGUGGCCCUUCCUAUCGGGGCCCAUCUACAAGAAUCCCCUCUACAUACCAAAUAGGGACAAGGUCCUCUGGCCAGCCCACAACGUGAGGGAUUUGGCCGUGUGGAGUGAGGUGUACUUGGGCAGUUUGGGUAAUCAAAACUGCGCCGAUCUGCCGCCAUGCGGAAGUGAAGAGGAGGCGGAUUCGAAGAAUGACGAAUCCAUGAGUCCAAUGACAAAGACAAGAUCGUACGGGGACUUGAUAGAGGCUGGUGGCACUCAAGGUGGCAUGACAAGACGAUCCAGUGAUCCAAAUAUGCCUGUUGAAUCACACAUGAUAAAUUCAAUAGAUUUCUCAGCAGAAAAUUCCAUUGACUCUACGUCAGAGCGCAGUAUAUCACCGACACUUAUUACUCAACAUCUUUCAUCAAUUAUACAUGAUACCACACAGAAAUUGGAGUCAAUGACACAGGAGUUGAACUUAUCGGAUGAGGAGCUGGAGCAAAAGAGACAACAGAGGGAUUUUCUGGAGAAAUCUGUUGAGAAUGUGGAUGAAGUGAAUCAGCUGCUGAUUCAAGUGAAUCCCGAGAGUGAGCCCAUUGACGAUGUGGUGGAGAGAGACAAGAAUGGAUAUGAAAGUAACAAUUUCUGCGAUAUGGCCCACGAGGCGUCGCCUUUAGAGGAGACAACACAAGACAAUGUGGACGGGAGUUUAGCAAAUGAUUUCAAUUCAAUGAUGCUUCAAAGCGUCGAUUUGAGAGACACUUCAAUUGAGAAUUGCUCAUCGGUUCAGGUGGAUAAUCAAAAUCCUUGGCAUGGCUCCGUGGAGACCAGUACAGACACUCUUGUUCCAGUUGUUGAACAGCAACCGCUGCCUCAUCGACAAUUCAUCAUAAAUGGAGCCGUGAGUCACGGAAAUUCGGACGAGAUGGAGAAUACAAAUGGUUCAAUGAUGCGAGGCUCUGGGUGUACUAAUGAAAUCACGAUGAUGCCUCAGAUAAUAGGAAGGGUGGUGAAGAAUUUGCCUGAAGUACACAAUAGACAGAGAUUGGCGGCUCUGCAGCAGCAAUAUCCAAUGAUUGACAUUGAUGAGAGUAUCCAUAUUCCUCCGGAGUAUCAAAGAUUAGACUUGACCAAUAUACGCGGAGAUUCGAAUAGUUAUGGCAACGUUUAUACAGCAGCAACCAGUCGACGAAGGAGAAACUCAUCUAACUCAAAGAGUGAUAUCAGUCCCAAGUAUACAAAUGGAAAUAUGUCCCCAAGUGCCACAACAUCAAGAUUCUCAACGCCUGGAGCUCGGUCACUACCAAUGACACCGUCAGGAGUAAUUGAACGACCGAAUGUGGCGAUCUCGUGUCCUGAUGGCCUGGCACAUGCCCUCAGCGAGCAAAACCUGCGUCUUCAGCAAAUUGUGUAUGAACAUAAGUUGCGCGAGGAAGCUCUGCAGAAAGAACUCUACAUCACGCGAUUGGCUCUUCUGAAGCAAACAUGUCAACACUGCAAUAACACCCAAUUUGUGUCAGAAGAACAGAAUACUUUGAAGGAUCUUGUGAUGAAUGAAGAUAUAAAUGUAGUAACGCUUUUCAACAGCAGUCCGGAAGAGCUUUUCAGAAGGUGUUCAGUGAGUCCUUAUAGUUCUGAGGGAAUAAUUUCUAAUUGUGAUUCCGUGAACUCAAUUGUGGAUGCUGUUGAGAAUGCGUCCGUGUGUUCAUGGGAGGCGGUCGAGGAGCGUAGUGGCGCUUCCUCGGCCAGCAUGCCAAGUCAGUCAGCGUCCAGUGUGCUCUGGGUGCCUGAUCAUGCUGUAACCAAAUGUACAGGUUGUGAUAUCGGAUUUUGGCUGGGACGACGGAAGCACCAUUGCCGGUCGUGUGGGCAGAUUUUCUGUGCUGAAUGCUCAGAAUUUUGGGCACCACUGCCCGAUGAACGACUGUAUUCACCUGUUCGACUCUGUGGCCCGUGCUAUCAGGCAGUGACCACGAAAAUACAGCUGCAGCACCAUCAGCAACAGCUGAAUCGUGUUCAGAUGAGCUCAAGUGGCGCUCAGCAACAAGGCGGAGUGUUCAAUUUGUCCAUAGUCAAUCAUAAUUACCAGCCACUGAUGAGUGGGUGCUCCAAAGUGAAGAACGGCGGUGAAUCGACCAUCAACGUGAACAGUAGCAAAUUUAGUGUGAAUAGCGAAGCGACAGUAGUGAGCCCCGUUAUCAGUGCUGUGAGCGGGAGUUGUGCUCCUCCAGCGCCAGCAUCCCUUGAAGACUGCAAACACGCGGCAAAUGGAUCGGCCAGCUGUGAACGAGAUCGGCCACUGAAGGCGCCAACGGCGACCAAUUGAAGCGCUUUCUUGACCUCCCAAAUUGCUCCAUUCUUUGAUUUCCUUUGAAAUUUCGUCAUUUUUUUUUUAAAUAUAUUUAAUAAUUUCACGUGAGGAAGUUCUUGUAAUUUCUCAAUAUUAUCCUUUGGAGUUCUGGAGUGCGGAAGAGAUUAAGUGUGAGUGCGUGUGUGUAUGUGAUGAAGAAAUUACUACAUAUAGAGGACAAAAUUCUGAUUAGGAGUUACAAUGAGAAAUCCAGUGUGUUGUAUAAUAACUUCUUGAAUAUCUCUAUAUAUUUUUAGAGAUUAAGGAAAACAAAGUGUGUAGAUUUGAAAAGGUGUUUUUCACAUUUAAUUAAAAUGUAAUAAGAUUGAUUUUAUUGUGAAGGAAAAGAUAUAUUGCUAGUUUGAUAGAUUUUCAAGGAAGAGAAAACUAUAUUUAUAAAAAGUAAUUAUGAAUUUGUUCUAACGAUUGUUACUAUUUUCCUCAAAGAUGCGACAUAGACGAGUGACCUAUUCUAUCAUGGAUGUAAUAAGAGUAAUACCAAAAUUUAUCCCUAGAACAUAAUAUUCAAUGAGAAAUUGCAAAAGGAUGGAGAAGAAUCAUUCAAAAUUACACAAAUUUUAGCGUGACAGCGAAAGAGACGACUUAGUUUACCGACGGUUCCUGAAUGGACAUUCAAGAGAUGUGGAAAUGUACUGGAAAUUACGAAUUGCGCCAUAGAGAUUAGGACAUUUUUACUUAAAUGUAAAGAAAAAAAAGAAAAGAAUAAUUUCCUACCUUGUUUUAAAACCCUUUUGUAACAAAUCGUGAUCUACUUUCGAUAAUUUAGUAGGUAACAAAAUGAAAAUGCAAAUUUUAGGCGCAAUGAAAUAUUUGGAAAAGACUGGUUGAAGACUUUAAUAGUGAAAAGAAACAAAUAACAGAUGAGAGAGAAAGUAUAUUUAGGUGUAAAAAAAACGCGAUAUUUUCUAUUAAGUUUAUUAUCCAUUUUGUUAUUUUGCCUAUUAUGACUCUGUUUCCGUAUUCUCUUUAUCAUUUACGUGAAUGCAAAAGAGCAAAGAUAAAUUUGGAUUAAAGAUUAAACGAUGAAUGAAAUUUGAA